CUUCGGCCCUUUUAAAAGAACGAACCAACCAAAAUUGCUUGCAAUUGAAGGUACCUUUCCUUUCUAUUCAAUCUAAUUAUCCGCCUCCUCUCCAUUUCCCCUCCCCCACGCCUCCACCAAACCCUAAUCCCCUCCGCCCCCUCGCUUCCCUCUCUAUCAUCAUGCCUCGAGAAGCGUGUACCGCUCUGGCGUUGGUUCCGCCCACACCGCCUGCGCCACAACCGGCGGCAGCGGCGGCGGCUGCUGUACCCGGUGGUGGUGCGCCAAGUACGACUGCGCUGGCCCCUGGUUUCCGAUUCCACCCGACGGAUGAGGAGCUCGUCAGCUAUUACUUGAAGCGUAAGGUUGGGAACAAGCCCGUUCGCUUCAACGCCAUCGCUGAAGUCGAUAUCUACAAAAAUGAGCCGUGGGAACUUGCCGAUAAGUCAAGAUUGAAAAGCAGAGACCAAGAGUGGUACUUCUUUAGUGCAUUGGACAAGAAAUAUGGCAACGGAGCAAGGAUGAACAGAGCUACCGGCAGAGGUUACUGGAAAGCAACCGGGAAAGACCGGGAAAUUCGUCGAGACCACCAACUCAUAGCGAUGAAGAAGACUCUUGUGUUCCAUAGUGGACGAGCCCCUGGUGGCCAGCGCACCAAUUGGGUUAUGCAUGAGUACCGUUUAGUCGAGGAGGAGUUGGAGAGGAUUGGGAUUUUGCAGGGAGAUUCAUAUGUUCUGUGUAGAGUGUUUCACAAGAAUAACAUAGGACCACCAAGCGGAAACCGCUAUGCUCCUUUCAUGGAGGAAGAGUGGGAUGAUGGCAAGCCUGCCCUUGUCCCGGGAGAAGAAGCAGCGGAUGAAGUUGUUGCUUGCAAUGGAGCUUAUGCUGAGAUGAAUCAUGUCGAGCAGGAUAAGUAUAACCUGAGCAAAGAAUCCUUCGAUUUCAAUGAAGUACCAAAGCGGACCCGAGACCUUCUGUCCCUGUGCAAGAAUGAAAGUGUGGAGAUGGAGGAAGAAACUCCCAUGUGCGUCCUCAACACAGAAGCUCCUUUCCCACUGAUCCAAUACAAAAGAAGGAAGCACAACGACUAUGACUCUAAUGGUUCAGAGAAGUCGACCAGAACAACCCAGGACCAUUCCUCAUCUAGCACCACAACUGCUACUACUACUGCUACUACUGAUACGAUGAUGACGACAACUGCUGCAACUACUACAGCCAUAUCUGCACUGCUAGAGUUCUCCCUUAUGGAGCCCAAAGAACGCACCCCUCCACCUUCUCCCCCAAAGGAAUCCACAUUCACUGCUUCUAGCCUCGAGUCGCUGGUCCCUUCUGGUUGCAUGAAGUUCAUCAACGACCUGCAGCGUGAGGUGCACAAAGUCUCAGUUGAGAGGGAGACACUGAAGCUGGAUUUGAUGAGCACUCAAGCUAUGAUCAACAUUCUCCAGUCGAGGAUUGAUGUUCUCAACAAGGAGAAUGAUGAUCUGAAGAGGAGCCUUCGUGAGGGAAAGUGA